AUGAAGUACGCAGAUAUUAUCUACAAAAAGGUCCUUGUCAACCUAGAGCUCAUGAGUUUCCUAUCACAGAAUUUGGGAGAAAGAAAAGAAGAUUUGUUAAAGAGUGGAGGUGGUGAUACUUUUGUGGGUGACGGAUUUAAGAACUGGAAGAAGAAGAGUAUAGUAUAUGGUCAUAUUGGAGGGCCAAACAAUAUAAAAGCUGUCACAUUGAAAAAUGCUCCUGAAAAUUUGAAGUUAACAUCACCUGAUAUUCAGAAGCACAUUGUAAGUGCUAUUUCAGUUGAAAUUGUCAAUACAAUUGCUAGUGAACUUGGUGAUUCUUUAUUUGCCAUUCUUGUUGAUGAAUCUCGAGAUUUGUCCUCAAAGGAGCAAAUGGCCAUUGUACUACGGUAUGUGGAUGAUGGAAAUGUGAUUGAGCGCUUUGUGGGUAUUGAGCAUGUUACGAAUACCAAUGCUAUCACACUAAAGGAAGCUAUUGAUGAUUUUUUAUGUAGACAUAGAUUAAGCAUUUCAAGACAACAAGGUCAAGGAUAUGAUGGAGCAAGUAAUAUGAGAGGUGAGAUGAAUGGUUUGAAAACACUUAUUUUGAAUGAAAAUAAAUGUGCUUUUUAUGUGCAUUGUUUUGCUCAUCAACUACAGUUAGCUUUGGUAGCAGUGGCCAAGAAUCAUGAUUUGGUUUCAGAUUUCUUUACUUUGGUUGGUAAUGUGGUGAAUGUGGUUGGAGCAUCAGCUAAAAGACGAGACAUUCUUCGAGAAAAACAUGGUGAUGACAUAUUAGAAGCACUAGAAAACAAUAAGCUUUCAAGUGGUCAAGGCUUGAAUUAG